UAAUUAAAUUAAAAAAUUAAAAAUUUGGGAAGGAAAAAUAUUUUCUAUUAGAAUGAUAUUUGAAAAUUAAUGAAAUUAUGAAAAGUUUUUGAGAAUUGAAUUUUAAGAAUUCUGGUGGUGUACAAAUAUGGCCUUAAUUGCUUUAUCCUGGAAUCUCUUCAAAUACCAAUCUCCCUAGUUCUUGCUCUGGCUGCAUCACAACUACGUACCAAUACCUCAGCCAACGUAGUACGUACGCUACUCAUGGCAAAUCGAACUGUUUUCGUCUUCCUCCAUUUUCUGUCGCUGCUUCUGCUACAAUCUUACCUAUCAAGCUUUGCUACUGCAACAAUUUCCAACAUUACCACAGAUCAAUCUGCUCUUCUUGCAUUGAAGGCUUAUAUUUCUCAUGACCCUUACCAUCUUCUGACGCGCAACUGGAGCACUAGCGUCUCGGUUUGCAAUUGGGUCGGUGUGACAUGUGGUUCCAAACAUCAUCGAGUAACAGCCUUGAACCUCUCUUAUGUGGGUUUUGUAGGUACUAUUCCUCCGCAUAUCGGAAAUCUUUCAUUUCUGAUCGUCCUAAACAUAAGAAAUAACAGUUUUCAGGGUUCAAUACCAGACGAGUUAUCUAAUCUUUAUCGGUUAGAAAUCUUAAACAUCCAAUUCAAUAACUUUAGUGGAGAAAUACCGCCAUGGAUGACCUUUUAUACCAAGCUUCAAAAAUUGUUUCUUUAUGGUAACAAUUUUGUAGGUACCAUUCCUCCGAAUAUCGGAAACCUUUCAUUUCUUGUGAGUUUAAGCGUCGGAAACAACAGUUUUCAUGGCUCAAUUCCAAAUGAAUUGUCUUGUCUUCACCGAUUGAAAUUCUUAAGACUUUGGAUAUAAUGGAUUUAGCGGAGAAAUCCCUUCAUGGAUGGGGUUGCUAACCAAACUUCGAUAUCUGUAUCUUGAUAAUAACAGUUUUGUGGGUACUAUUCCACCAUCUUUAUCAAACAUAUCUUCAUUGCAACUAAUUAGUCUUGCUUACAAUCAACUUUCGGGCUCCAUACCUUCCUCUUAUCUUCAAUAUAUCUUCCUUGCAAGGAAUUUUUCUUGGAGGAAACAAGCUUUCAGGUUCGAUGCCCUCCACUUUCUUCAACAUGCCUUCACUACAAGCCAUUGACCUCGUCGAUAAUAAGCUAUCUGGUGCACUACCAAUGUUGAUGUUUGAUAAUCUUCCCAACAUACAAUAUUUUUCCAUCACUGGCAAUCAGUUUUCUGGUCAACUCCCACCCACUUUGCAUAAGUGCAUAAAGCUACAAAUUCUAUCCCUAUCAAGAAAUUAUUUCACUGGAAGGCUACUCCCCGAGACAGGGAACUUGACCAUGCUUAUAGAGUAGUAUCUUGGUGACAACAACUUUGAAGGUGCAAUACCCAGUGAGAUUGGUAAUCUGCUGAACCUAGAGAUUUUUAGUAUCUCAAUCAACAAUUUUACUGGACCAAUUCCAUUUGAAAUCUUCAAUAUCUCAACAAUACAAGUUAUUGCAAUGGAGGGAAAUCAACUCUCAGACCAUCUCCCAACAAAUGCAGGCCUCUUCCUUCCAAAUCUUCGGCAGCUUAUUCUUGGAGAGAAUAAACUUGCAGGAACAAUUCCCAAUUCUAUUUCCAAUGCUUCCCAUCUCACUCUCAUAGACUUGAGUUGGAACUCAUUCACGGGCACAAUUCCAAACACAAUUCGUAAUUUGAGGCUCCUCCAGUGGCUCAACCUAGGAUUCAAUAAUUUGACUAAUGAAUCUCCAGAAUUGAGUUUUUUGUCUGAUAUGGCAAAGUGCAUACAUCUUAGAAAGUUGGUUUUGGACAACAAUCACCUUAGUGGCUUUCUGCCCAAAUCCAUUGGAAACCUAUCUCUCUCACUUGAAAGACUUCAGCUAAGUGAUUGCAAUAUUAAGGGCAACAUUCCGCGAAGUAUUGGCAAUUUAAGUACAUUGAUAGCUUUGUCCUUGGGCGAUAAUGAAAUGACAGGAUCUAUUCCAGCUACAAUUGGAAGAUUGCGCAUGCUCCAAGUUUUGAAUUUUGGAGGCAAUAGACUACAGGGUCCCAUCCCAUCUAGCCUAUGCCAUUUAGGAAGUUUGUCUGGAUUAGGUUUAAAUGAUAAUGAGCUUUCUCGACAUAUUCCAGCAUGCUUAAAUAAUAUGACUUCCAUAAGAGCUCUCUACUUGGGCUUUAACCAAUUGACUUCUACAAUUCCUUUGAGCUUAUGGAGGCUUCAAUAUCUUUUGGAGCUCGACCUAUCAACAAAUUCUCUAAGUGGCAUUAUUGCAUUAGAGAUUGGAAAUAUGAAUGUCUUGAGAAUAUUGGAUUUGUCAACAAAUCAACUCUCAGGUAAUAUCCCAGUAAUGAUUGGUGACCUUAAAGAUCUAACCAAUCUCUCUCUAGCAUUCAAUCGACUAGAAGGUUCAAUUCCUGAACAUUUUGGUGCACUGGUAGGCUUAGAGUUCUUAGAUCUUUCUUAUAACAAUUUAUCUGGUCAGAUUCCCAAGUCUUUAGAAGGGCUCUUAUAUCUCAAAUAUCUAAAUGUCUCCUUUAAUAAACUACAAGAAGAAAUUCCUACGAGAGGACCAUUUUUAAACUUCUCAGCUGCAUCAUUUAUGUCAAACAAGGCACUCUGCGGUGUGAGUCGAUUGCAAGUUUCCCCAUGCAAAGGAGGUGCUUCUUUUCCACAAAUACUAAAGUAUAUAUUACCUUCAAUUGGUAUAAUAAUGCUUGCAUCAUCCAUUUCAUUAGCCUGGAAAAGAUUAUGCCAAAGGAGGAAUGCCAAUUUGUUAGGUGACACAAACGUAUCACCUUUAACAACAUGGAGAAGAAUUUCACACCAAGAAGUUUUACGAGCAACAUAAGGUUUUAGUGCAAACAACAUACUUGGAGAAGGGAGUUUUGGGUCAGUUUAUAAAGGAACACUCUUAGAUGGUAUGAAUGUUGCAGUAAAAGUUUUAAAUUUGCAAUUAGAAGGAGCGUUCAAAAGUUUUGAAGUAGAAUGCAGGAUAUUAA